AUGGAUCCUGAGCCCCAACAAAAGCUCCCCCUCUCCCGUGGACACGAGACGCGAUCCCGCCCUCACCACGCCGCACGCCGCCCGCUGCCCGCCGCCCGCCGUAGUUCAAGAACCCAGGACGACCAGGGAGCCGGAACCCCAACAAUAGCCCCACCCCCGGGGACCCCAGAUCGGGGCCCGCCAACCGCCCACCACCCUCUGCCCACCUCCGCGGCCAUUCAUCGGCCAAGCCCACCAGGGAGCCUGAAUCACAACAACCGCCACCCACCCCGCACCCCCCGUGGACGCGUUACACGGGGCCCGCCCACCGCCGCCGCCGUCGUCGUCCAAGCAGCUAGGCCCAGGAUGGAGCCUGAACCCCCAAAAAGCCCGCCCUCCAAGGGACCCCACUCAUCGGCCUGUCGGCAGUCUGCCAUCAGGCGCUCGCAGCGGUCCAAGCCUCCAGGAAGACCAGGGAACCUGAACCCCAGCAAAAGCUCCCCCGCACCUCAGGGACCCGAGACCGGCCCACCCACCACCCCCGCCGCCUUCGUCCAACCAGGCCGACCAGGAAGCCUGAAACUCGAAAGAGGCCACGCCCCCAAUAGGAUCCCAAGACCCGGGCCGCCCACCGCCCACCGCCGUAGUCCAAGAAUCCAGGCCGACCAGGAAGCCUUCACCCCCAAAAAAGCCCCCAACGCAGGGGAUCCGAAACCCGGGCCCUCCCACGGCCCACCACCCACCACUCACCACCCAACGCUCACCGCCCACCGCCGCCGCCAUUCAAGCAGCCAAGGCCACCAGGGAGCCUGA